AUGGCGCCCAAGAAGAAGGGAAACAAGCGCCAGGAGGAGGACUGGGAGGCCGACCUCGGCGAGUCUGCUGCUCCCACCGGAGCUCCUGCGGAGGACCAGGCUCAGGACGACGGCGAAAACGGUGCCGAAGAAGAGGUUGGAGGCGGCUUGAUGGCCGCCCUGCGCAAGAACAAAGCCCGCAAGGCCAAGAAGGGCAAGCCCGUUAACGACUUUGUUGAGGGCGAGGAUGCCGGCGCCGAUCUCGCCAGCAAGCAGCCGGAGGAGGGUACUUUCGACGAGGACGAUGUCUUCGCCGGCAAGCCUAAGAAGCCUAUCAAGGAAGUGGCGCCAUCCCCAGCUCCCGCCGCUGGUGAGGGCGAGUUCCGUGUGAAGUCCAAGAAGGAGAAGGAGAAGGAGAAGAAGGAGCGUGAGAAGCAGCGUAAGAAGGAGCAGGCUGCCUCAAAGAAGAAGAACGUCCCUGCUUCCGAAACGAAGGCGGAGCCUGUCAAGGCUGCUGCUGAAGUCAAGCAGGACGAACCAGAGCCCGCCGCCGCUGCUAAGCCCGCUGGUAAGGGUAAGAAGCUUCCUGCUCACCUUGCGGCUCUUCAGAAGCAGCAAGAGCUGCUACGCAAACAACGCGAGGAGGAGGAACGUCUUGCAGCCGAAGAGAAGGCCGCAUUGGAAGAACAAGCGCGUCUUGAUGCCGAGGAAGAGGCCAAGCGCGAAGAGGCUCGUCAACGGAAGAAGGAGAAGGAGCGCGAGAAGAAGGAACAGCUUCGCAGGGAGGGCAAGCUUCUAACCAAGGCUCAGAAGGAGGCUCAGGCAAAGAACGAACUCCGCAUGAAGCAACUGCUUGCCUCUGGUGUUCAAGUUGCUGGUUUGGAGGGCGGUGCCGAGAAGAAGCGUCCGGUCUACGAGAACCGUAAGAAGAAGGGUGGCAAGAAACAAGAGGAAGAUCUCGAGGCUGCCGCUGAACGGGCUCGUCUUCAACGGGAAGCUGAAGAUGAGCGACGAAGGAAGGAAGCCGAGGAGAAGGCCAAGGCCGAGGCCGAGGCUAAGGCUAAACCUGCUCCUGCGGAGGAUGAGGACGCCAUUGAUGACUGGGAGAAGGCUGCGGAGGCUGAGGAGGAUGUGAAGGACAGCUGGGACGUUGCCACUGACGAUGAAGAGAAGCCUGCUGUGACCAGCGGCGCCAAGAAAGCCGCAGAGGAGGAGUCCGAAGAAGAGUCUGAUGAAGAUUCCUCUUCCGAGGAGGACUCUGAGGAUGAAGAGCAGUCCGCCAACCAGAAGGCUAUUGCCCUGCGCAAGGCUGAGGCCGCGGAGCGGAGAAAGAAGCAGCACGAGGAGGCCCUGGCGGCUCGUUCUGAGGACAACCUGCGUUCCCCAAUUUGCUGUAUUCUCGGUCACGUCGAUACUGGUAAGACCAAGCUUCUGGACAAGAUUCGUCAGACCAAUGUGCAGGAAGGCGAAGCUGGUGGUAUCACUCAGCAAAUUGGUGCUACCUACUUCCCCGUGGACGCACUGAAGCAGAAGACUGCCGUCGUGAACAAGGACGGCUCCUUUGAGUUCAAGGUUCCCGGUCUGUUGAUUAUCGAUACCCCCGGUCACGAGUCCUUCUCCAACCUUCGUUCCAGAGGUUCGUCUCUUUGCAACAUCGCUAUUCUGGUCGUCGAUAUCAUGCACGGUCUCGAGCCCCAGACUUUGGAAUCUAUGCGCUUGCUGCGUGACCGCCGCACUCCCUUCAUUGUGGCCCUGAACAAGAUCGAUCGUCUGUACGGCUGGAAGAAGAUUGAUAACAACGGUUUCGAGGAGAGUCUGAACAUGCAGAGUAAGGGUGUCCAGAACGAGUUCCGCACUCGUCUCGAGGCCACCAAGCUUGCUUUCGCCGAGCAGGGUUUCAACUCGGAGCUCUUCUACGAGAACAAGUCCAUGGCCCGCAACGUCUCCCUGGUGCCUACCUCUGCUCACACUGGCGAGGGUGUUCCCGACAUGCUGAAGCUUCUGACCAAGCUGAGUCAGGAGCGUAUGACCAACUCCCUUAUGUACUUGUCCGAGGUUGAAUGUACUGUUCUCGAGGUGAAGGUCAUCGAGGGUCUGGGUACCACCAUUGACGUGAUCCUGUCUAACGGUAUCCUUCGCGAGGGUGAUCGAAUUGUUCUUUGUGGUCUAAACGGACCUAUUGUAACGAAUAUUCGUGCCCUAUUGACCCCCGCGCCACUGAAGGAACUGCGUCUGAAGUCGCAGUACGUCCACAACAAGGAGGUCAAGGCUGCCCUUGGUGUCAAGAUUGCUGCCAACGACCUCGAGCAUGCCAUCGCUGGUUCCCGUCUGCUUGUUGUUGGACCUGAUGACGAUGAGGAGGACCUCGAGGACGAGGUUAUGACUGACCUGGAGAACCUGCUCAGCCGUGUCGCCACCGAUAACCGCGGUGUCACCGUCCAGGCUUCCACCCUGGGUUCCCUGGAGGCUCUUCUGGAGUUCCUUAAGCAGUCCAAGAUUCCCGUUGCCAACAUCUCUAUCGGUCCUGUCUUCAAGCGCGAUGUCAUGAUGGCUGGAACAAUGCUUGAGAAGGCCAAGGAGUAUGCUGUCAUGCUUUGCUUCGAUGUCAAGGUUGACAAGGAAGCCGCUGCCUACGCUACCGAGGUUGGCGUCAAGAUUUUCACUGCCGACAUCAUUUAUCACCUGUUCGAUGACUUCACCAAGCACAUGGCUGAGCUGACAGAGCAACGUAAGGAGGAGAGCAAGAUGCUUGCUAUCUUCCCUUGCGUCAUUAACCCUGUUGCCGUAUUUAACAAGAAGGACCCCAUCGUCAUUGGUAUCGAUGUCAUUGAGGGAAGCCUGCGCAUGCACACCCCGCUCGCGGCGGUUCGCACUAACGCGGCUGGUCAAAAGGAGAUUGUUGAUAUUGGCCGAGUGACAUCCAUCGAGCGUGACCACAAGCCCAUCGCAGUCUGCAAGAAGGGCCAGCCCUCCGUUGCCAUCAAGGUUGAGGGCCCCAACCAGCCCAUGUACGGUCGUCAGCUGGAGGAGACUGACCAGCUGUACUCGCACAUCUCGCGUGCCAGUAUCGACACCCUGAAGGAGUUCUACCGGUCUGAGGUCACUAUGGAGGAGUGGGCUCUGGUCAAGAAGCUCAAGCCCGUCUUCGACAUUCCUUGA